CUUUUACAGAACUCUGUUCUUCCCCUCUUUCGCCAAAACUCACGAUCAUGCAAGAAAACACCAUCAAUCCUUUCGUUAUUGAUUCAAUCACUGAUUCUGUUCGAUCUUCACUGUCAAAUUUGAUCUUAAGAGGUGGGAAUACAAGCACCUUGGAUUCAAUCUUCUCUCACAAUUCAUCAUCAUCUGGAGAAGGAGAAGUAGCAGCGGCUACGGGUUCUUCAAUUUAUCUCCAACAGAGAGAUUUUAUCCGCAAAUUCUCGUCGAAUUUUGAUACGUCAAAACAAACGACGAGAUCCCCGAUUGGAUUGUAUCAGCAAUCGAACAAUUUAUACAAGAAGAAGUUGUAUAGAGGAGUGAGGCAAAGGCAAUGGGGGAAAUGGGUGGCGGAGAUCAGACUGCCACGGAACAGGGUAAGAGUGUGGUUAGGGACGUAUGAGACGGCGGAGAUGGCGGCGUAUGCUUAUGAUCGAGCUGCAUAUAAGUUGCGUGGGGAAUACGCGCGUUUGAAUUUUCCAAACGUGAAGGAGCCGACGGAUUUGGGGAUGAUCGGAGAUGGAGGAAGGUUGAAUGCUCUGAAGACCGCCGUGGAUAACAAGAUUCAGGCGAUAUGUCAGAAGGUUAGGAGAGAGGAAGCAAAGAAGAAGGCGGAGAGAGAGAGCUUAAAAGCCGCCGGAAAUUCGACGGCGGAAUCAGGUGGUGGUGGUGAUAGUUGCAGUGGGAGUGAUGUGGGGUCAUCGGAAGAAAGGGUCUGGAAUUGGAAGUGUGAGAAUUCUCAGUCGGAGUGUUCUUUUUCCGGUGAGUCGACGGUGGCAGAGGAGGCGGAGACGGGUGGUGGUUGGUCGUUGGCUAGGAUGCCUUCUUAUGAUCUGGAUUUGAUAUGGGCAGUACUUGCUAAUUAGGAGUGAUCAAAUUCAACUCCUUAUUUUGACUUUUUAGGAUGUCAUCGUUUAUAGUUUUGUUUUUUAUAAAUAAUGUAAUUUUCAACGUAGUUAAAAUCGUUUAUUCGUACAUCAAAA